AGGGUUUGGGGCCAGGGAUCAGGCACGCCUGCACGGUAGACCCCCAGUCCUGGCGACCUGGCAUCUUGUGGUCUGGGCACCCCCAGACUCCCUGUGCCCACUUCUCUGGGGUUUCCUUUGCCCCAUCUUCAUGUCAGGGAGCUCAGGGGCUGCUGGCUGGGCAGAUGGGGUCCCCAUAGCUGGACUGGGGCCCUGGCAGGCAUGGACAGACCCAUUAGAUGGCAGCUGCCUCUCUCACUGCCUCGUGGAGCUGCCAUGAGGCUCUCGGUGGGGCAGGGGUCCGGGGGUCCUCCUCCUGUGGGGGUCCCUCCACUGGGCUUUGGUGCGGGCCAGGUGCCAUGCUCUGCCUUGUUUGAGGUCCCCGUGUUCCAGGGAGGUCACUGGAGCCAGGGCAGCCUUGGGGGGUAGGAGAGGGGCUGGCCUGGUCCGUGCCCAGGCCAUGCUGCUGUGGUGGGACCCAGGCAGACCCCCUCAAGCACAGAUGGACAUUGGAGGGCAGGUGGGAGCCUGGCAGGGAGGCAGGUGAGGUGGGGCCAGAGUGAUAUGCAGAGGGAGGGGCACAAUCAGGGGAGGCCCCUGCCCUCUCUGGGCCCUGUCCAGCCCUGGGGACAAUCGGGAAUUCAGACCCCAGGCCUUGGGGGGAACAAUGGAGCCCUUGAAGGCCCUCCCCCCACAUUGUGCUUGGUGGUGAGAGGUGGCCCUGGGUCAGGCCCAGGACUCAGCCAGGCACUCAUCCUGGGAGGAUCUCUGUCCAGCCAGCUGGCAGGUGGAAGACCUCAGGGACCCCCAUUUCCUGGCCUGGAAAAGGUCCCGUCCCCCGCCCCUAUGACCAACAUGAGCUGGAGCUUCCUGACGCGGCUGCUGGAGGAGAUCCACAACCACUCCACGUUCGUGGGCAAGGUGUGGCUCACCGUGCUGGUGGUCUUCCGCAUCGUGCUCACGGCCGUGGGCGGGGAGUCCAUCUAUUCAGACGAGCAGACCAAAUUCACGUGCAACACGCGGCAGCCGGGCUGCGACAACGUGUGCUACGACGCCUUCGCGCCCCUGUCGCACGUGCGCUUCUGGGUCUUCCAGAUCGUGGUCAUCUCCACGCCGUCCGUAAUGUACCUGGGCUACGCCGUGCACCGCCUGGCGCGCGCCUCGGAGGACGAGCGCCGCCGCGCGCCUCGCCGCCGCCCGGGCCCUGGACGCCGCCCAGCCCGCGCGCCUCUGCCACUGCCCCCGCCGCCGCACCCCGGCUGGCCCGAGACCGCCGGCCUGGGCGAGGAGGAGCCCAUGCUGGGCCUGGGCGAGGAGGACGAGGACGCGGGGGUGGCCGACGGCCUAGGCGAGGAGGCCCAGGCGGAGGACGCGGGCAUGGCCAAGGGCGCGGGCGCUGACGGCAAGGCUGCGGGGGCCCCGGGUCCGGCCGGGCAGCACGACGGGCGGCGGCGCAUCCAGCGCGAGGGCCUGAUGCGCGUGUACGUGGCCCAGCUGGUGGCGCGGGCUGCCUUCGAGGUGGCCUUCCUGGUGGGCCAGUACCUGCUGUACGGCUUCGAGGUCCGGCCCUUCUUCGCGUGCAGUCGCCAGCCCUGCCCGCACGUGGUCGACUGCUUCGUAUCCCGGCCCACGGAGAAGACCAUCUUCCUGCUGGUCAUGUACGUGGUCAGCUGCCUCUGCCUGCUGCUCAACCUGUGCGAGAUGGCGCACCUCGGCCUGGGCAGCGCGCAGGACGCGGUGCGCGGCCGCCGGCCACCGGCUGGCGGCCCGGGCCCCGCGCCGCGUGCGCCGCCCGGCACGCUGCCCGCCUCACCCGCCGGCCUCGCCUGCCCCCCAGACUACAGCCUGGUGGUGCGCGCAGCUGAGCGCGCGCGCUCGCACGACCAGGACCUGGCCAGCCUGGCGCUGCAGGCGCUGCGGGAGGGGCAUGCGAUGGGUGACCGCGACAGCCCGCCGUGCCCCGGCCUCCCUGCGGCUGCUCGGGGGCCCCCACUGGCUGGCGCCCCCGCCUCCGGCUCAGGCAGUGCCACGUCCGGGGGCACGGGCCCAGCCGGGGGCCAGGCCAGGCCGGGCUCCAAGCCCAGGGCGGGCUCAGAGAAGGGCAGUGCCAGCAGCAGGGAAGGCAAGACCACCGUGUGGAUCUGACGGCCCCGCUGCUGACGUGGCCUGUCCUCCCUCCAGGCCGAGGCUGGGGUGGGGGGCUGUGGGGGAAGGCCCAGGGCUGGGCGCUCAGGGCUCUCUUCUUCCUCCUCCUCCCUCUCCCCGUCUCCCCUCCCCCCUCCUCCCCCUCUCUCCCCUUCCUCCUCCUCAGCUGCCCACACUCUCAGGAGGGGAGGGGGGAGCCGGGAAGGCAUUGCCCGCUGGACACCGGCCCCUCCCUGCAUGAGUCCUGGCUCUGUUCAGGGUAGGAUCUGCAAGAGCCCCUAGCUCGGAUCCCUGAAAGUGGAAGAUGUGGAUAGAAACUCCCACCCCCAGGGCCUGGCCUAGCGCACCGGGUGUGGGGGCGGUGCUGGGCCCUCUCCCCCGAGACCCUCUGGGCUCUCCGGCUGGCUUCGCUGGGUCAGGACAAUAGAUCUUCUCCCCUGCUCCCCUGUAGCAGCUCACAGAGGUCACCCAGGGUGCCUGGCUUGAGGAACUGGGGGCACUGUGCUGGGUCCCUACUCCCUGAGGCAGCAAAUGGGGCUCCCCCACACCCCCACCGCAACCGCAUUUCGUGUUUUGUGCACAGCUGGAAGCAAUCCUAGGUCUUUCUUGUACAGAAGGGAAACUGGGGUUGGAUGGGCCUGGCCCCUACUGGGCCCCAUGCUCUCCAUUCCCCACCUAGACAGCUGGACAGAGGCCCUGGGGUGAACAGACCACACCCUCUGGAGCCUGGGACAUCAUGGAAGUCCCGCAAAGAUGUUGGUUCACCUUCUGCCGGGUCAUGCUCCGAGCUUUGGCACUGGCCAUUCUGGGAGAAGGGGUUCUGGGGCUCCUACCUACCCCUUCUCUGGCCUCCAGCCCCCUCCCUAAUUCAUACACAGUGUCCAAAACCAAGGAAGCCAAAUAAAACUAACUUUUGUUUACA